UUCGAAGUUUUUGUGGGUGAAAGAUAGCCUAUUGCUUUAUUUAUAAUUAUAAUUAUUUAUUUAUUAAUUAGAAAGCAAAUAUCUAUAUUUGUCUUACUCGUACUUAAAGAACUUUACACGUGAGACUAUCCCGCAAGGAGUGAAACAACACGAUUAUAUUCAACGCAUAAUACAAAAAUCCUGCAAGAGAUCUGAUAGAUCUCGUAAUGCAACGAACGUGUUAAAUUGUCUUUUGCGACAUUCCGCAAUAGAGUGUCCAAUGAUUUUACAGUAAUGAAAUUUGAGCCAUGACUGGAAGAGUAGAAUAUACUGCUGAAUAACCUUCCUCUUGAUUAUAAUUUCUUUAAGUAACGCUAAUGAUUCUUUUUUAGAAUAAAAAAGUGAUUGAAUUUGGUAAAAAUAUAAAUUUUAAUCCAUUUAAAAGUAUUCGUCAUGAAGGCAGAUAUGUAUGUCGAGCUAAUAAUGGAAUUAAAUAUAAAAAUGAUGGAGUUGUUGUAAGAACAGGAUCUAUACCAAAAUUUUCCUAUUCCAAUGAAAGGCUGAUAGAAAACCUUAUGUUUGAACAGGCUCCAGACUUAGAUUGUUCCCAUAGCGGAAAGCCAAAAACAGAGGUUUUAUGGUGGAAAAAUGAUAUAAGAAUGAGUUUUCCUAACAUGACCUAUUCGGUUAAUAGUAAGGUAAGAAACAAAGGCAAAUACAAAUGUGUGGCUAAAAAUAUAUUUGGAAAUGUUAGUCGACAAUUUUAUGUCAUAGCCGAUGAUUGUUUGUUAAACGUAGAAACAGAUUUUGAUAGAUAUCAUCCACUUAUACUAACCAAAAGACAUGAAUUACCCAAUUUUUAUAUAAAAGAUGAACAUUUAGCGAUACCUAUCAAUACAACGGUCGUAUUUUUCUGCGAAGGAGGCUUUAAUAAAUUUAGUGAUCAAUCAGUGGAAGCAACAUGCAGAGAAGGUAAAACUUUUGAAAUAAACAGAGAAAUUGUUGACUAUCCUAAAUUAAAGUGUAAAAAAGCAUUGCAGCCGGUCACGAUUCAGGAAGAUAAUUGUGCUAGUGGGAAAGGAAAACUUUUUCGAAUCGGUAUAUCGGUAUCACCUGAUAAAAACUUUAUGGAAGUGUAUCGGAUAUGUGUUGACAAGAAAUCUAGAUUCUUAUACACCGAGCAUAAGAUAAAACCUUGGGCGGCAAAUGUAAUUGCCACAGGUAUGCAAAUAGAAAAAUGGCUUCAUAGUGACGUGUUAUCUUACAAUAAUAACGAAAUGUACGAUUGCAAGCGACAACGACAGAAGGGUGCUAUAUCUGCAAUACUAGGUCGAGCGUUACCUGGAAAUGAUGAUGAGUGCUAUGUUGCCAGACAACUCAUAAAUGAAAAAGACGUACCACCUGGAUUCCCACAACUAUUGACACACAGCUACCUAAAUAUUAUCCCACAUUGGAAUUCUACUGCUACAAAAUAUUGGAACAUAUUAGAAGAAAUAAUUAGAGCCGAAACCAAAAAAAGAAUUGAAAAACGGACUGUAACUGUAAUAACAGGAGUAAAUUAUGACGUUCCUGCAGGAGAACCACAAAUUACUAUUACGGAUAAAGCUGGAAAUUCGAACAAAGUGCCUACGUUUUUAUGGAAGGUGAUUACAGACUCAAUGACAGCUUCAUCAGUAGCAAUAGUUCAAGUCAAUGCACCGGCCUUGUUGAUUGGCGAGAAAAUUAAAAAAUAUAAAGUCUGCGAUAGCAAAUGUAAUCAAAUAAAUUGGUUAAGCGAAAUGGACGAAGAAUACAUAAAAAGUGGUUUUAUGCUCUGCUGUGACAUUGUGACAUUCGAAAAAAUUUUUGCAUAUAAGGAAUUGUUUAAUGAAGGUCAUAAAAAGUUAUUGACAAGUUUUUAAAAUAAAAAAAAUAAUUAAUUGCUUUUUUUUCAACUCC